CCCUUGCUCUUUCAUCUUCGGUCUCUCUCUAAUUAUCGAACCCAAGACCGCGUUUCCUUACCUGCCGUACCGUGCUGCCGAAGUCAGCCGUCACGAAGAGCUCACUGCCCCAAACCCCACCGGGUAAAAGAGCUUCCUGCUUUUAGGAGCAACUCAAGAAUUAUUCUGAAUUUCAACAAUUUAUUAUAGUUGUUGUCACUUGGUCUGUGUGGAUCCUCAAAAGAGAGGCAUACUUGUACAAUAAGCCUGAAAAGGGGGGUUUUUUAGCAGCCAUGGGGGCUAUUUGGUCCUCCGAUACAAGUCCUGACUCGCUAUCAUCUGACUCAACGAUUCCCACUGAUUCUCAUAAGGCAGACUCACCACCAGAUUCAUCAAAUCCCAACUUGUCCAAUUCAGAUUCUAAAACCCCAGAAGACCAAACUCCAAAACAUACUGUAGAUCACCAAUUGGAUACCAAAACUCUAGAAGAAGAGAAGCAUCAGGAAGAUGAAGGCGCAUUGGAAAAAGAAGAAGAGCAAGAGGAGGGAGAAUGUGGCUUUUGCUUGUUCAUGAAAGCUGGUGGGUGCAGGGAGAGUUUCAUAGCUUGGGAAAAGUGCGCAGCGGAGUCUCAGAUGAACGAGGAGGAUGUUGCUGAAAAGUGCUUUGAGGUCACCGCGGCCUUGAAGAAGUGUAUGCAGGCUCAUCCAGAUCACUAUGCGCCCAUAUCGAGGCUUGAGAAAGCAGCUCAGGAGGAGACAGUUAAAGACAGUUCGGAAGAAGAAAAGGCUUCAAAGAGCUCGGAGCAAAAUGCCACUUUGAUCCAUUCGAACCAGCAUGGGAAUUCUAGUGAAAAGCGAGACAGUUAAAGACACUUUGAGAUUUGCCCUGUCAAUUUAUUUAUUUAUUGAUAGGAGCCUUGUCAAUUGAAAUACUACUACGAUCUGUACAUUUUCUCAUCUAUUUCCUAGCAUGGGCGGUAAAUGAGAUUUCUUAAACUCCACAUUUUGGAACUGCUUUUCGUUGCUGAUAUGAGACUGUGGUUAGAGCCAUUGA